AGCAAAAUAUCAAGGAUAUUAUCUUCCAAUGACAGCAAAUUCCCCUCUGGCUUCUCUGAAUGAAAUCUCAAGAAGUCUUACAGUUCACGGAGAUGUUCAAACUCUUCUUCAAGCUUACUGAAUUUGUGAUAUUCCAAAUACACUUAGCGCGCAAAAAGAAAGAAACACAGACAGGCCUUAUGUUCACCCUGAACUAGAUUCGAAGAAAUUAGAGCAAAACAGAGUUGACCCUAAAAUACUAUCAAUGUAUAGGAAUGUGAGAGACAACAAAUCCAACACUAUAAACCCAAGAGCAGAGAAAAUUUUUAUGUGUUCAUUUGGAAGCUGUAGAAAAAUAUUCUACAAGAAGUGGAACUUCAGCCUGCACAUGAAGAUGCACUAUAAAAUCAAGCAGUUCAAAUGCCAGAUAUGCUCUAAAGAGUUCACUCAGAAGUGUAAUUAUAACAAGCAUAUGAAGACCCAUGAUUCAUUUAAAUAG